GCGUGGACGCUCUAGCCCGCCGCGCGCUCGCUUCCCCAUUGCCCGCGCAGGGCCGGCGCUCUAGCCCGCGGAGUUGGCUAGCUCCUCUCCCCUGCCCGAGGAAAGCCACUGAGUCAGGGGGUACUCGACGCAGGCUGGGAAUACGGGACCCUUGGGCUCGUUGGUCGCAGAGUUACGAGCCCUCGACAGCCUGUCCGUCAUGGACCUCGCCGGCACCUCCUCCAGCUUUCAGUCGGACCUGGAUUUCUGUCCGGAUUGCGGCUCGGUCCUGCCUCUGCCCGGGACUCAGGAUACGGUCACUUGUACUCGCUGUGGCUUCUCCAUCAACGUGCGAGACUUCGAAGGGAAAGUUGUGAAGACCUCAUUUGUGUUCCACAAACUGGGGACAGCCAUGCCUAUGUCGAUGGAGGAAGGACCUGAGUUCCAGGGACCCGUGGUUGACAGGCGCUGCUCUCGAUGUGGUCACGAGGGAAUGGCAUACCACACCAGACAGAUGCGCUCAGCUGAUGAAGGGCAGACUGUCUUCUACACCUGUACCAACUGCAAGUUUCAGGAGAAGGAAGACUCUUGAUUUUUUUUUUUCUGGACGACUCAACAAUCCCUUCCUCUCUUCUUCCUUGGAAGGUGAAGGAUAUUGGGUUCUCAGAUCCUUUGUCCAUCCCCUGUUUGCAGUGUUUUGCUCCCAGAGGAGAAGAUCAUCAUAUGGGGAUUACCAUUGUCUCCAGAGUACUCCUACCUUUAGUUGAGUUUCCUUAUUAAAGUUAUAUUUUUAUAUAAGAGCCAGA